AUGGCCGUCGUGCAUCGACUGAUCGACGGCAGAAGAGUGGCACAAUGCGCCGGCACCAUUAUAUCGGAAAGAUGGGUUCUCACCGCGGGCCAUUGCGUCGCGAAGCGACCGAGACGGUUCUUCGUGGUAUUCGGGAUCGUUGACAAGAGCGGGAUUGGUUACGACGUCAAUAGGGGGCCCGGAGUUGCGAUGAUGACGACGUGGGCCGUGGUGCACCCCAAGUACUUCUUCAGCAAGAACGACAUCGGAUUGCUGCAUAUGCCGCGGGAUAUAGAAUUUUCAGACAAAAUUCAACCGAUACGCUUGGCCGGUCCCAAGGAGAACCGAAUCUCGGCCGACACGACUGCUUACGUGGUCGGCUGGGGUCGCGACGGUUUCAGUCGCACAGGUGUCAAGAAGCUCAAGUACACCUUGAUGCCGUUGAUCUCGAAACGCAAGUGCACCGAGUAUUGGCGGGUGGACCACAGAAAUAUCUGCACGAUGCCAGGACUCGGGAAGAACGCCUGUCAGGGCGACAGCGGAGGACCCCUGUUUAUGAUGAAGAACAAUCAGCCGCUGCAAAUUGGCAUCGUGAGCUACGGAGACGCAUAUUGUCCGAGUUAUAAACCCGGAGUAUACACUAGAGUGGCGGCGUUCGCGGGAUGGAUCGAAAGAGUUACUGGAGUGCAACUAUAG